UGCGCAUGCGCCAGCACUGGCGCAGUUCGCCACAUGUUCUGCAACGUGCUUCGUAUCACUUCGUGUGUUUAUAACAUUCCUUUAUAGUUCGUAUUCUUUUUUUGCACAUUGUGCAUAAGGAAAAGUGAUUUUGUGAUAAACAAACUCCUCCAAUGACAAUUCAAGAUAUGGAUAUCUGUUUAAAUGUAACGACAGAUCCAGUUGUCGCAACGAAAAAGAACAAGCUGAGGAGAACUGAGUUGUCCAAAAUUAAAAGAUUAAAGAAUCAAUCUUUUCAUAAAGCUGCAAUAGUAGGUAGCAAGGAAUCAAAGAAAGAUGCGAAUACACAAGAGAUAGGGCACAAAAAAAGAAUUAAACAAAAGUUAUUAGCAACUAUCUUUGCAAAGAAAUUGAAAGAAGCAAAUGCUGUCGUUCGAAAUGUACAGCAGUCUAAAGUUUUAUUGCAAGAUAAAGAUGCAACAGUGAAAAAUGUAGAGAAAAUUGAACAAUCUGAAACAAAUAAGAAAGAUGUAAAAUCUGAAAAAUUUCCUUCUAUUGCAAACUCUGAUUUUGUAAAUGAACCAACUAUAUCCUUUACAAAAACGAAAGGACAUAUUGGUAAAGUACUAUUGGCGAAAAAAAGAGACACUUUAAAACAUGAACCAAAGAAAUCACUUUCUAAUAUAUUUUCAAGUUCAAUAAAAGAUCAAAAUAAAUCAACUAUAUUAAACUUGACUCAAGAACAUGAAAUGUCUAAAGAUAAUUUUAAAUUAAACAAAGAACCCAAAGCAGUAAAUAAAAAAGAAUCAAUUUUAAAAACCCCCCAAAAGAUAAAUAUCUUAGACAAAAGGAAGAAAAGAAAAUAUAAAGAGGAAAUUGUGAGUAAUGACAAAGAAUCUGAUAAAACUCCAAAAUUAACACAUAGAGGCAGUGGGAAAAUUUCUUCUUUGUUUGGUAAUAAUCCUGAUGUACCAACUAUAGGCCAGCGAUUUGUAAAACCUGUAAAUGAACCAGUUUUUACAGAGAUCACAUUUGCAGAUCUUAAUAUACAUCCAUAUAUGAUAUCAAACUUAGAACAGAAUAUGGGUAUAACUAAAAUAACAACAGUUCAACAAAAAGCGAUCCCUCAAAUAUUCUUAGCUAAGGACGUGUUAAUAAGAUCUCAGACUGGAUCUGGGAAGACAUUAGCAUAUGCUUUACCCAUUGUUGAACUAUUACACAAAAUUAGACCAAAAUUAAAUAGAAGUAAUGGUUUAUCAGCUCUUGUUGUAGUACCAACAAGAGAAUUGGUUUUACAGACAUACGAAUGUUUUGUAAAAUUGACUAAACCUUUUACAUGGAUUGUACCAGGCUAUAUAAUUGGUGGAGAAAAAAGGAAAGCGGAAAAAGCUCGGUUACGAAAAGGACAUAAUAUACUGAUAUCCACUCCUGGUAGAUUAUUGGAUCAUAUAAAGAAUACAAAAGCAUUGAAGUUAAAUAAUGUUAAAUAUUUCGUGUUAGAUGAAGCUGAUAGAAUGCUCGACAUGGGAUAUGAAAGAAACAUUUCUGAAAUAGUAAGUGCUUUAAAGGUAUCAUGCUCUAAUGACCAGUCAGGAUACGAUGCUAUGAAAAUAUUGAAGGAACAUAGUAAGAAGAAAUUUACAGAUGAAGAAUGUGAAGAAAUGUUAAAGGAAGAUACUAUAAAAUCUAAAAUAGAAGAAAAUAAAACCGAGGAAAAUAGAAAGAAACAAGUGUAUCAUUCAAGUGAUGACAACGACAGUGAUCAAGUCGUUAAUAUCAUUCAAACGAAAAAAAGGAAAAGAGAUACAAAAUAUUCUACUGUGAAUCAAAAAUCUGAUUCGAAAACGGAAAGUGUUCGUAACACUGAGCGAGAUUGUGAAAAUCAAUUGAGAAGACAGACAAUUUUAUUAUCCGCGACUCUGACACAAGCCGUUGAAAAAUUGGCGGGUCUCACAAUGGAUGAUCCGAUCUUCGUUGACGCGGCUAAAGAGAAUGUAGAAAUGAGUGGAGGAGAUGCUAGUGAAAUUAACGAAGAUCUAAUAGUUCCACAAAGUGUAAUUCAGACUUACAUAGUCACCCCACCAAAAUUAAGAAUGGUCACUCUAAGCGCUUACAUUGCCGGGAGAUGUCAGACUCCUGGGCAACAUAAGAUAAUAAUUUUUAUGGCCACGCAAGACAUGGUAGACUAUCAUACCGAAAUUUUAUCUUCCGUUCUUACGAAACCAACAGAUGACGACGAAGAUUCUGACCCGUUAGUUGAUGUAGAAUUCUUUAAACUUUAUGGUAAUAUGACGCAAAAGGAACGAACGGAGGUCUUCAAAACUUUUAAUCAAGCAAAAAGCGGUGUACUACUGUGCACGGAUGUCGCAGCUCGUGGCUUAGAUAUGCCGAAGGUGGAUUACGUUAUCCAGUAUACGGGUCCAAUUUCGGCUAGAGAUUACGUUCAUCGAAUCGGUAGAACCGCGCGCGCGGGAUGCUCCGGCACCGCGACAAUCUUCCUGACACCUUCGGAGAUCGAGUUCGUGCGGAUGCUCGAGUCGAGGCGUAUCAGAAUCAAGCAGCAGGACAUGAACGAUGUUCUGGAUAAGCUACUGGGACCCCUCUCCAAGCACAACUCCGUGCAGGCAGCGGCUGUCGCUCUCCAGAACGAUUUCGAAGAUUUAGUGUUGGAAAAUCAGCAGCUUGGCGCGAAAGCGUGUAAAGCAUACGUCUCCUGGGUGCGUUUCUAUUCGAGUUAUCCGCGCGACAUGCGUGAGAUAUUCAAUCGAAAGGAACUUCAUUUAGGUCACUAUGCCAAGAGUUUCGCAUUGAGGGAUCCACCGCAACGAAUUGGCGGAAUCGGCAGGAAGUUGCGCGAGAAAGAAAUCUCGACACCUAAGCAUAAUAACCGUUUAUCGAACAAGACAUCUGACGGAAUGCCGCAAAAGAAGGAGAGGUCUCAAGCUGGCGACGGGCAAAGAACGGGAUUGUUGAAGAAGGUCAGAAUGCUCAACACCUCCGAAUACGAUAGCGGCCUCGAACCCCUAAAGAAGCCAAAGAAGUAUUCGAUUAUACACCUUGUAAACAGAAACAUUACGUAUUCACAAGGAGCGAUUUCACGUCUGUGAUUCGCUCCCUGUAAAUACGCACUCGCAUGUUUUUAACCUUGACAUCUUAUUGACAUUUUAUUAUAAAUGUUAAAUAUUAUAGGCUAAUUUGUUCCUAUUUAUUAACCUUUCAAAUACUAGUUAUCUUUUCGGAAUUUCUAAUAUUAAAAUCACCAAAA